CCUGGCUUAGCUGUCUCAUCAUUGCAGAGUCUGGUGACCUUUGAGGAUGUGGCCGUGCACUUUUCCAAGGAGGAGUGGGGGCUCCUUGAUGCAGCCCAAAGGCAGCUGUACCACAGUGUGAUGCUGGAGAACUUGGAGCUCAUGACCUCACUUGGUUGUUGGCAUGGAGUGGAAGAUGAGGAGGUAUGUUCCGAGCAGGAUGCUUCUGUAGAUGUGGUGUCACAGGUCAGGAUUUUCAGUGCACAUCCUUCCACCCAGAAGGCUGACAGUUGUGACAUGUGUGACCCAUUCUUGAAAGACAUUUUGCACCUGGAUGUACAUCAAGGAACACACGCUGAGGAGACUCCCUGCACAUGUGUAGCAUGUGGCAGAGAGUUUUGGUUUGGUGCAAACCUUCACCAGCAUCAGAAGGAGUGCAGUGGAGAAAAGCCCUUCAAAUGGGACAAGGACAGGGACUUGUUUGUGCAGAGCUCAAUAGUCUGUCUAUCAGAGAAGCCCUUUACAUGUGGGUUAGGUGGUAAGGAUGUCUCGGACAGCCAUGACCUCCUCCAGCACCCAAACACAGAUGGCAGUGGGAAGCCACACAGCAGCACAAAGUGCAGGGAGGCCUUACCAUACCCUUCCAGUCUUGGGCAGCUCCCAGAAGUCCAUACCUCACAGAAACCCUUCAAGUGCAGUGACUGUGGAAAAGCCUUCCAGAAGAGUUCUGUCCUCCUCAACCACCUGAGAACUCACUCUGAAGAGAUACCAUUUAGAUGCCUAAGAGUUGAAAAUUCCUUAGAGGAGAAAUUAGUUCUUGUUAAUGACCAAAAGUUUCACACUGGAGAAACAUCUCACGUAUGUAAGGAGUGUGGCAAGGCCUUUAGUCAUCCGUCUAAGCUGAGGAAGCACCAGAAAUUUCAUACUGGAGUAAAAUACUAUGAGUGCAGUGACUGUGGGAAAACUUUCAGCCACAAACUCACACUUGUUCAUCACCAGAGAAUCCACACAGGAGAAAGGCCUUAUGAAUGCAGUGAAUGUGGGAAAGCCUUCAAUAACAGGUCACACCUCACUCGGCAUGAGAAAGUUCACACUGGAGAAAGACCUUUUGAGUGCAGCAAAUGUGGAAGAGCCUUCAGCCAAAGCUCCAAUUUCCUUAGGCACCAGAAAGUCCACACCCAAGUAAGACCUUAUGAGUGUAAUCAGUGUAGCAAAGCCUUCAGCCGCAGCUCUGCUCUCAUUCAGCACUGGAGGGUUCACACUGGAGAAAGGCCUUAUGAGUGCAGUGAGUGUGGGAGAGCUUUUAAUAAUAACUCCAACCUUGCUCAGCAUCAGAAGGUCCACACUGGAGAACGGCCUUUUGAAUGCACUGAAUGUGGAAGAGACUUCAACCAAAGCUCUCACCUCCUUCGACAUCAGAAAGUCCACACCGGAGAACGGCCUUUUGGAUGCAGUGAAUGUGGGAAAGCCUUCAGCAAUAGCUCCACCCUCAUUCAGCACCAGAAAGUACAUACUGGUCAAAGGCCUUAUGAGUGCAGUGAAUGUAGAAAAGCCUUCAGUCGCAACUCCAGCCUGAUUCAGCACUGGAGAAUUCACACUGGAGAAAGGCCUUACGAGUGCAACGAAUGUGGGAAAGCCUUUGCUCACAGUUCCAGUCUCAUUGAGCACUGGAGAGUUCACACAAGAGAAAGGCCUUAUGAGUGUAGUGAAUGUGGGAAAUUCUUUAGCCAAAACUCCAUUCUUAUUAAACAUCAGAAAGUUCACACUGGAGAAAGGCCUUAUGAGUGCACUGAAUGUGGGAAGUUCUUUAGCCGCAAGUCCAGCCUCAUUUAUCACUGGAGAGUUCACACCGGGGAAAGGCCUUAUGAGUGCAGUGAAUGUGGGAGAGCCUUCAGCAAUAACUCUCACCUGGUUCGUCACCAGAGGGUUCACACACAAGAAAGGCCCUAUGAAUGCAGCCAAUGUGGGAAAGCCUUUAGUGAAAGAUCCACGCUUGUUCGACACCAGAUAGUUCACACCAGAGAAAGGACUUAUGAGUGUGGCCACUGUGGGAAAAUCUUCGGCCGCCUCUGUAACCUUGCUCAGCAUAAGAGGAUUCAUACCUGAGUGGAGCCUUGUAGAAAUGAUCUUCAUGAGAAAGUCUUCAGCCACAUCCAACUUCAUGCAGCAGAAUACCCACAAAGAAA